AUGGCGCCAGGAAAAGACGCGCUGGAAGCGGGCCAGACAGCUCCGGACCUGGAGAUUGUGGGAAACCAGGUGACGAUCCACCCGACGGGCUUCACCGGCGGUUCGGACACCCAGGAUGACGGCAUCACGGAGAGAAAUCUCGUCCGGCACAUGGCGCGCUUUCGCGAAAACCCCUUUGAAUUCCUCCGUGAAGUGAGCCUCUUCGUGUCGGGAACGGGAUGGCGCGCCUACGACCAGAUCAUCGGACAGCCGAUAUUCUACCCGGGUUUCUCGGACAGAAUCAAGGGAUUGAUUCUGGAGAGCCCGAUCCUGCGGAACAAGAUCAGCGAGCUGGCAGAGGCGCGCUUGAAAGUGGAGGAAACGGAAGGGCUAUUGGGCGCGACGCCGGAGGCGAUCGAGAAAGCGAAGACUCGGCGCAGGAGCGAAAUCGAGGGGAACCUACGAGAGGUGGUCGACACAAUGAUGGACAAUAUGAUUUGCAAAAUGGACAGCAAUACGUUCAUCAGAAGCGCAUACUACCUAUGCACCCAGCUGCUCACUCGAGCGUACCACCAGGGGAUUCAUGUCUCAAGCGAGGAAGUCCUCCGCCUGAGGUCGGUGGCCGAGGAAGCGACCAAGAAAAAGCAUUCGAUUGUUUUCCUGCCCUGCCAUAAGUCUCACGUAGACUACGUUUCAUUACAGAUAAUAUGUUACCGCCUCGGCAUCGGGCUUCCCAUUGUCGUGGCGGGCGACAACCUGAAUUUCCCCCUGGUGGGGAGCUUCUUGCAGCAUGCAGGCGCUAUGUGGAUUCGGCGUAGUUUUGGAAAUGAUCCGCUGUAUCAUACCGUCGUCCAGACGUACAUAGACGUUAUAUUGCAGCAGGGUUACAAUUUUGAGUGCUUUAUAGAGGGUGGACGGUCACGAACCGGAAAGCUCCUCUCGCCCAAAUUCGGCAUCCUCAACUUCAUUGUCGACAGUCUUCUGUCCGGCCGGGUUGAGGAUGCCGUCAUCUGCCCUGUGAGCACGCAAUAUGACAAAGUGAUCGAGACCGAAUCCUACAUCAGCGAACUUCUGGGUCAACCCAAGCCCAAAGAAAACCUGGCAAAUUUCCUGUCCUCCUCUUCAGUCUUGUCCUUGAAACUGGGCCGGGUAGACGUGCGCUUUCAUAAGCCAUGGAGUUUAAGGGAAUUCCUGAAUCAACAGCUAACACGCUUGGGGCAAUCCCCCAGCUCGAACUCGAAGAUAACGCUAAACCAGUCCGAUCGGGGUCGGAUCCUGCGGACGUUGGGAUAUAGAGUCCUGUCGGACAUCAACGCUGUUUCAGUCAUGAUGCCUACUGCGCUGGUAGGCACAGUUUUGCUGACCCUUCGCGGCCGCGGAGUCGGCAAAGCUGAACUGGUUCGCCGUGUGGAAUGGCUGUGUGAACGCGUCCGAGCAAAGGGCGGACGGGUGGCACAUUUCUACCGGGCGCCCACCGCGCAAGUGGUUGAUCGGGCCCUCGAAGUCCUGGGACCAAAGCUCGUGGGGGAGGUGACUGGUUUGGUGGAGCCAACGUACUAUGCGGUGGACCGGUUUCAGCUCUCGUUCUACCGCAACAUGACGAUCCAUCUUUUCAUCACGGAGGCGCUGGUAUCUGCGGCGAUGUAUACGAGAGUGAAGCAGGGCGGUGGUCCUGCGCAUCAACGCAUCACGUACGAUGCUCUUCUGGCUCAAGUCUCAUUCCUGUCCCAGCUCUUCCGUGGCGAAUUCAUCUUCCCUCCUGAAGGCUUGACGGCCAACUUGGAUAAGACUCUCCGCGGGCUGGAAAAGGACAACGUCAUAAAGGUCACCCGAGAUCCUGCGGGCCACCCAACCCACAUUGAGCUCAGCGAUGCAGAGCGCGAGUGCGGAAGAGAAAACUUUGACUUCUAUUGCUUCCUGAUCUGGCCGUUUAUCGAAGCCAGUUGGCUGGGAGCGGUCUCGUUGAUGGGACUUACACCUCCAUUCGACGGGCCGUCCGAUGUCUGGAUCGACAUGAAGAAAGCACAGGAUAGCGCCCAACUGCUCGGGAAAACGCUGUACCACCAAGGGGACCUUUCCUACUUUGAAGCCGUCAACAAGGAGACGCUCAAGAACGCCUACCACCAGUUUGCGGAAGAGGGCAUUAUUUUGGUUGCGACAAGCAAGGAGCAGCGAACACCGACGACGAUGAGGCUUGCUCCAGAGUGGACGCCAGAACGGGAUCCGACGACAGGCAAGCUUCUGAACCGCGGACGCCUCUGGGACUUUACUGAGCGGAUAGCCAUGUCUCGCCGGGAGGGGAAAAACCGCCGGGACGGCGCCACCGUAUCCUCUCGCGUCCUCGCCAUGACCGACGCCGUGGGCCGAGAGCUGUUCCGCAACGCAGCAGCAAGCUCCGAUGCGGCAGACUUGAACGUGUCGUCGCGCAAACAGCGACGAACCAGUAUUGAGACGAGGGCCAAUCUGUAG